AUGUCACAAGUCUCGGCAGGAGCAGCCGGACUACUCCAGAGACAGCUGAAGGCAAUGCAGCAGGCAAAAGACCUCCCCGGGAUAUCUUGUGGACUGGUGGACGACAACGUGUUUGAGUGGGAGGUGAUGCUGAUGAUUAGUGACGAUUGCAAGUACUACGGCGGAGGUAACUUCCGCUGUCACUUGUCCUUCCCAACGUCCUACCCACACAUGCCGCCAAGCCUCACAUUCAAGGACCCCAUCCCCUUCCACCCGAACAUUUACCCCAACGGCGUCUUGUGCAUCUCGAUCCUGCACCCGCCAGAGGAGGACCAAUAUGGCUUUGAGAGCGCGGCGGAGAGAUGGAGUCCGGUGCAGACGCCGGAGACGAUAUUAUUGAGUGUUAUCAGUCUUCUGCAUAGUCCUAAUGACGAGAGUCCGGCAAAUGUGGAAGCGGCGAAAUUGUGGAGGGAAGAGAAGAGUGGCGGCAAGGAAUUUAAGAGGAGGUGUCGGAAGGUGGUGAGGGAAAGUUUGGGCGAGGAUUGA